AUGAGCUCAGAAGAAGAUACCCGGGAGGUUUUAAAUACUUCUAGUGCCCCUUUGGAGACUGAAGAGCAAGCGCGUGCUAGACAUCGAAGAGAGGCAAAAGAGCUGGUAACCAAGACCACAGCCAUGAAGAAGCAAGCCACUAAAGGUGAAAAGAAGAAAAGAAAAGAGAUAAAUAAGCAGAUUGAAACCCUGGAAAAAGAGAUGAAACUGCGGCAUCAAGACGAAUUAAAUGAUAUUAAAAAACAACUUGCUGGGCUUCAUAUCAGUGGAACCAGUGCAUCUGGGACUUUUGAUAUUGUUGAUGACAACGAUAGCAAUAAUGAUGACGAUGAUGAGUUUAGCCCCGAAAAACUUCUUGCACAGAUCGAGCAAGAAAAGGAAGAGUCCACACCAGAACUUCCUAAACCAGAACCUGUGACGGGUGAGCCAAAAGUCAAGAGAAACCGACGAAAAGAAAAACUUGAGGCUCGCGAAGCUGAAAAAAAGAAAAUUAUUGAAGAAGCUGAAGCUGAGGCUGCAAACCAGGUAGACUAUCGCAAAAUUGAAAUGGAAAGCAUGGAUCAGCUUUUAAAAAUUAAAGGUCUUACUGUGCACGAAGUUGCAGCUGACGGACAUUGUCUUUUUAACUCGAUUGCAGAUCAGCUUAGAGUCAGAAGAAAUAUUGACAAAACGGUUCAGGAACUACGAACAGAAGCUGCUAAUCAUAUCCGGCAGCAUCCUGAUGACUUCAGUCCGUUUUUGUUUGAUGAAAAUACCAUGACCAUCCGAGACAUUGAUGAAUAUACCAAUGAGUUAGAGAAUACACCUCUUUGGGGUGGUGAUUUGGAAAUAACAGCUUUUGCCCAAAUUUAUGACUGUCCAGUGUCUGUCCUAAUUAGCGGGCAAUCGCCACUACUGAUAAAUGAAAACGGGACACACUCUGAGCUGAAGCUGGCAUAUUAUAAGCAUAGUUUUGGUUUGGGUGAGCACUACAAUUCCGUCCGUGGUUAA